GAAGCCCAGCAGCAGCAGCCUCAUCUGACUUUUCCAAUAAAAAAAUCCCCAAAUUUUCCUUUAUCCCAUCACAACUAAGAUCUCCGCUCGCUCAAAAAUGGCGUUCCCAAGCGCAAUCAUCAUCUUCGUCACUCUAAUCUCCCUCCCAGCUUCUUUAUUCGCCAUAGCCGACGACGAAAAGCUAUCAGCGUACCAAGCUCUUCAACAGUACGACUUCCCAAUAGGCAUCCUUCCCACCGGCGUGGUUGGGUACGAUUUGAACAGAGAGACCGGGGAAUUUUCAGCUUAUCUGAGCGGAACCUGCAACUUCGCCAUUGAUUCGUACCAACUCAGUUACAAAUCUACAAUACAGGGAGUGAUCUCCUCGGGCAGGAUCAGGAACUUGAAGGGCGUGAGCGUUAAGGUUCUCUUCUUCUGGCUUAACAUCGUGGAAGUGAUACAUGAGGGUGACGAGAUGAAAUUCUCCGUUGGGCUGGCUUCGGCGAACUUCCCUAUUGACAACUUUUAUCAGUCUCCACAGUGUGGUUGCGGAUUCGACUGCAAUCACUUGGAUGCUUUGGUUUCUUCUACUUAGGUAAGUGCUGAUAUAGACUACAUAAUUCAUCGUGUUAGGUGUUGUUAGGGUAUGGCAUAGGGUUUUCCGAUAACAAUAAUUUAUUAGAGGGAUCAAUUCUCAUGAUUUGUUUCCUAUGUUUUAUUUUGGUAAACUACAUCCAUGGUCACUAAUGUUUGAAUAAGUAUUUAUUUUUCUUC